AUGCUGUACGACCGGAGCAGCACUUACGAUUUCUUUUCUAUAACCAAAGACCUUGACCCUCCGGGUGUAUUGGUGGAAAGCAAGAAAUAUAAAUUUAAAUUUAAUGCUGUUGAUAAAACUCAUGAAACAUACUCGGGUAUAAAUGUGCGCUUAAGAUAUUUUGUUCGCCUGACUAUACACCGCCACUAUGCGAGCAGCAUUGUGAAAGAGCACGACUUCAUCGUGCAGAACGUCGGGCCGCCCCCAGAAAUUAAAAACUCCAUCAAAAUGGAGGUUGGCAUAGAAGACUGUCUGCACAUUGAAUUUGAAUUCGAUAAAAGCCGCUACCACUUAAAAGAUGUUGUUAUUGGGAAAGUAUAUUUCGUACUUGUACGAAUUAAAAUUAAAGACAUGCAGCUCGAUAUCUUAAAGACAGAGACAGCAGGCACAGGAGCUGCUGCAGUGACUGACUCUGAAACUCUCUCUAAAUUCGAAAUCAUGGAUGGGGCGCCAAUUCGCUGUACGCAGUUUUUCCUCUAA